AUGGCUGAUCAGCAGCACCAACAACAAUCAUCAGAUAUACCUGAAAAAGGAACUAUAGAAGAUAAAAAUAACAAUGAGACUGAGAAUGUUGAAAAUGUUGUUGUUACAUCAUCAUCAUCAACAUCGGCAUCACCGACAAUAACAACAGUGGUUGAUACACCAACAACGACAACAACAACAACAACUGUAACAUUGGAUAACCAACCGUCAAGUGAUCUUAAUACAGUUGGUAUAGAUGAUAAAGUAAAUGUUGCAACUGGAACUUCAACUACAAGCACAACUUCAACAACUACUACUUCUACAACUUCUACAUCAACAGCAACAUCAUCAACCGAUGGUAAUAAUAAUAAUAAUAAUAAUAAUAAUAAUAAUAAUAAUAAUAAUCAAACUGAUCAAGAUUUAUAUAAAGUAGAACAACAACUAGAGAAAAUAACAAUAUCUACAAAUAACAAUUCAGUUCAACAGUCUAAUGGUCAAGUGAAUGUUAAAGAAUUAUCUUUGGCGAUGAGUCAUAUUAAAAAUGAAUUAAGUCAGCUUAGAACGUCAAAGAAAAAGUUAAAUAAAAUAUCGAGUUUGAUUGAAAAUGUUAUGAAAUCAAAUUGGUCUGGUAAUUUAGAUUUAGAUCAGUUCGCUACCGAUCCAGAUGAAGACGAUGACGAAGAAGAAGAUGAUCAAAUAGGUGACUCUGCUCUCGAGGAGGAAGAGGAGGAUAAUGAAGGAGAGCAUGACGACGAUGGUGAUGAUGAAGACGAUGUUGAAGAUGACGAUGAUGGAGAUGGAGAUGGAGAGGAAGAAGAAGAAGACACAGAUAGAUUCUAUGCUAGUCACACUCACUUUAGAGGUGUAAAGAGAAAUAUGGUCUAUGAUGACACUGAGGAGUAUGACGAAGACGAUCAAGUCGACGAUGAAGAAGAAGAAGAAGAAGAAGAUGUCGAUGCUGACUAUGAACGUAGAUUGAGCGAGUUGAUAGCAGGACAACAUACUCUCUACUUUGAUGAAGAGGGUCAACCUGUAUUCUACGAUAUCGAUGAUAAUCAACUCGAUGAAGAUGAUCAAGCAUUGGAAGAAGUUGAUGAAGAAGAGGAAGAGGGUGAGGAUGACGAUGAAGAGGGUGAAACUCAAGAUGAUAAUGGUGAGCUUGUUAAUGAUUUGGAUGAAGAGCUUGACCACGAGGUUGAAUCAUACAACAAGACAAACGAAGAAGAUGAUCUCAGAGAAGGAAUCUAUUGGUUACCAAAAGCAAAUUCAAAAUUAACUUCACCAUCUCUUCAGAAUGUUAAUCAAGAAGAUACAAGUGAUAGAUUGAUAUCAAGAAAGAAGUUGUUAGCCAAUAUUGAUAGUAAAUUGAAACAUUUACAAAAGAAUAGAUAUCCACAUUCCGUUGUAGAGUAUAGUGACAGUGAAGAUGACGACAGUUUUCAAGUUUGGAAGAGAAACUUCCCUGGUGUUAAUGACAAUGUCACCAGUAAUAACAAUAUCAUCAUCAACAACAACAACAAAAACAACAAUAAUAAUGGUUUAAAACCAGAGAUUCAUCAUCAUCACCCAGUUGGACAUUUGAAAAAGAAAAAGAAGAAAGAACCAAUCGUCUUGAAUACCAUUGCCGAUAUUGUUGAUGUUGGUGACCAAGUCGAUGAUGAACCAACUGUACUCGAUGAUGAUUUCCUUCAACAACUACCAAUGUCAAGUUAUAUCAAUAAUUUGGUUAACAGUCAACAACUACCAAGAAUGGAUUCACCAAAUAGAAACUUGGUUUCACCCAAUAGUUUGUUAAUGCAACAACAACAACAGCAGCAACAUCUACAACAGAACCAACAACAACAACAACAACAACAACAACAACAAAUUAUACAACCACCACCACCACUAUCACAACAGAUUCUUAUUCCACAACAAAUAAUGCAACCACAAAACUAUCCCUCUACACCAAAGAUAAACUAUCAACCACAACUACCACAACAACCACAAACUAUCUCUCAACAACAAGUAUCACGUGUUCAACCAGUAGUAAUGCAACAACAACAACAGCAGCAGCCUGUAGAUCAUGCAGAUCUUUAUCAGCAACAUUUCCAACAACAGCAGCAACAACAACAAUCUGCAGCAUCGAUCAACUGGCAUGUUGACUGCAAGAAUCUACUGUUGGAGACAUUCAAGUUCAUUGAGAACCACUCGUCAUUCGAUAUCUACUAUCUAACGAUGAUCAUUGAACAACUCAACGGAUUGAGCACUCAUUUCCAAUGGACCAAGUUGUACGAUGCCGUCUGCAACACUGUUCAGAUUCUUUCGACCACACAUACAUCUGCCACCAGUGGUGGUGGAAAUGUUAAUACCGUUCCAACUGUUGGUGGCACCACCCCUCGCCAACAUUCAUCUCCCUCCGUUCAAAGCACACCAACUACAUUACACCACCACAACCACCAACCUCGACAACACUCUACACAGUAUAACGAUCAUUUGAAUUCCGAUCAACAAGAGUUCCUCCAGAGACUACAAUCACUUCAGUUGCAACAACAACAGCAACAGCAAACAAGACAAUAUCAACAGCAGCAACAACAACAAGUGACUACAAUGUAUAAUACACCACAACCACAACAACAGCAACCAUCACAACAACCACCACCACAACCACAACAACAACAACAACCAAACUAUUAUAAUCAUCAAUAUCACUAUCAACCAUCGCAACAACAAAUUAAUUACUAUCAUAACCAACGCAACAAGCGUACCAAUAAUAAUAGCAGUAGCAAUAACAAUAAUAUUAGUAUAAUUAAGACUCCACUUAAAUCGACACCAUUAGAAACACCAUCAAAAAGAGGUGCACAGUAUACACAGGUUAAAAAAGGUAAACCAUAUAUACCACCUGACCAAAGUAGAGAGACUUCUUUUGCAUCAGAUUCAACCAACUCAAAGUUAAACAGCACAUCCAACUCAAACUCUACAAAUACCAACAUCACUAGUAUCAUCAACAGUAAUAGUAAUAGUAAUAGCAAUAGCAAUAUUAAUGGUGCUACCAAUGGUGGUGGAGGAGCUCGUAAUGUAGAGGAAAUCUACAAAAAACUAUAUCAACAAAGACAGUUUCUCCUACAGCAUCAAAAACGACUGCAACAACAGCAGCUUGUCCUCAAACAGUUGAAUUUGUUACAACAAAAACAACAUCAAAGAGUACAACUAAAGAGUCAACAACAACAACAACAAUUGCAAAAUGAAACUCAAUCAAAAGAUACCGAUGAUUUACAUUCUUUGUCAUCGAUUCACUCUGACAGUCAUUAUGAUGAUACCUAUGAUGAAGAAAGUUCUGUUGUUGAUUUCAAUGAAGAUGAUGAUAUUCAAAUAGAUGAUGAUGAAAUAAUUUUUGAAACAACCAAAAAAACUAGUAAACAUAUUUUUGCAUAUGGUGAAGCAAAGGUCUCGGUGAGAGAAAAGAUUGGAAAGAGAGAUUCUCUUACAGAGUUGCCUGAUUACAAGAUCAAAACGAAAUCUAUCGAUGAAAUUAGAAAUAGUUUAAAGGAACUAACAACGAGAUUGGUAAGACAAUCGAAAGCACAUCAAGUGUUGAUCAAUGACAAUACAUCAUUGGCCGAUUGUUUCACAGAGUCUGGAACACAAUUAUUACAAGAGGAAAUACAUACAUCUUCAUCAGCAGCUAUUUUAGGUCCAACACUUACAAUUCUUGGUGAUAUGCAUAAUCAAUUUGAAAUGACAAGAUCUAAAUUGGAUAUUGGUAUUAAUGACACAUUGAACAGUAAAUGGCAAGAUUAUUUAAAGAAUGACUUGAAAGAUGCAGCUGUUGCAAAAGCAAGAUAUGAUAAAUUUAGAGUUUCAUUCGAUGCCUCCACAGAAGCUUAUAAGAAUUUGAGAAAAAAGAAUAAUAUUCCUCCAGAGAAAUUGACAGAGUCUGAACAAGAUCUUCAGGUAUCGACUCAACAAUUCUCAGAUGUCGCUGUGGAGUCUCUAUAUAUUUUUGAAGAUAUUAUCGAUAAGAUCACUGUUGAAAGUAUAGAUACUGUGUAUGACUAUAUAAAGGUGUACGAGACCUACUUCUCAAAAGGUUUGGAAAUAGUCAGAGAGAUUCUUCCAAACAUCGAAAGACAACGACAAACCUGCGCAAAGAUUCGCCAAUCUGCAACUGAAAAGAAAAAGAAGAGACAAGAGAUCUCUGCUUAUCAAUCACCUUCUACCUUUGCCAACUCUGCACAACAGCCAUCUGCUUUGGCCAGUCCAGAGCUGAGUGUCAAUGGUUCAUCAGCAAAUCAAACACAACCAAAUAACAAUAUCAAUAACAACAAUAAGAUGUUUGGAAUUUCUUUGGAAUCAUUACAAAGUAGAGAUGGCGAUAUUAUACCAGCAAUCAUAGUAAAGGCGAUCCAAUUUCUCAAUGGACAUCUGGGUGUUGAAGGUUUAUUUAGAGUUUCACCGAAUCAAAAGCAUCUUAACGAAGCAAAACUGGCGAUCAACAAUGGAAAUAUGACCAACUUUGAUAAUGUUGACGAUCCUCACUUGGUUUGUGCACUUAUUAAAUCGUUCUUUAGAGAGUUACCAACACCAUUGCUCACCUACGAGUUAUUUAGACCAUUGGUAACUCCAGUUGUCGAGUCAAUCAAUGAAGAUACACCAGACCACGCCAAAAUAAUCUCUCAACUAGCAGCAACAUUAUCGAAGCUUCCACAGUGUAACCGUACACUCUUCCAGCUACUCUUAAAGAUGCUCAGCAACAUUACAUCGAAUUCCAAAGAAAACAAAAUGACAUCGAGCAAUCUCGCUGUAGUAUUAGCACCAAACAUCUUGUAUCCCCUACAACUGGAUAUGGAGUCCAUUACAGAAGCAAAUGCCACCGUUGAAUAUAUGAUUAGACACUUUGCAACACUCUAUCCAAAUUCAGACUCUUUAGAAUCAUUAGUAGCAACAGCAACAGCAACAGCAACAACAGUCACAUCUUCUUCAACACCAGCUUCACCAUCAUCUUCUUCAACACCAUCACCAUCAUCAUCACCCUCACCAACACCGAAAACCUUUAACAGAUUAAAUAGACAGAGUGUAAUAUUACCGCAAACACCACAACAGAGUAGUUCUCCACAAGACUGGCGAAGAAGUGUCGGAGGAAUAGCUCCACCAGCAUUACCUGCCAAGCCUUCACUUGUCAAACUCAAUAGUUUAUCAUCAUCCACCUCACAACUACCCUUACCUCAACACACUAACAACAACUCAAGUCCACCAAUGUCGCCACCUGCACUACCACCCAAACGUUUAUCAAGCUCCACUUCACAAUUAUUACCAUCAUCAAAUCCAGCACUCAAUCAUCAACAACAAACAAACAACAACUACAACAGCAAUAGCACAACAGCGGAGAGCAACAACAGUGAUUCUAAAACAACAUUUAACAAUAGAAGAUCAAUGUUUAUAGGUGCUACACCAGUUUUACCUGCACUUCCAACUAAACCACCACCAAAACAACCAUUAAAUGCAACAUCAUCGGCAACAACUUCUACAUCAAACACAAUGUUAUUCGAUGCACCACCUCCAUUGGCAACAUUGCCAUCACAAACACCACCAACGUUGCCUCCAAAAAACAGUUCAUCAUCAUCAUUCCGUAAACGACCACAAGCCAUUAAAAUACCUUCAGGAACCACCGUAUUGACAUCUCCCGAUGGUACUACCGCCAAAUACAGUCUACUGGAUGACUCUUUUUAUUUCGAGAAUUCAAACAAUAAUAUGAAACAACCUCUGACCAAAGAAGAAGAUAUAGAUCUAAUAGAAUGGUAG